AACGUCGUCAUCAUUGGUUCGACGUUGUGCCCAAGACUGAGACCUUUACCAGCGACUCCAACUAACGUCUUUCUAGGUGGUUUGGCAACAGCCGAUCUCCUUCUCAUACUCUUUUGCAUUCCCGUGAAAAUAACAGUAAUACAAUGUAUAUUAACAAAUCUGCACGCACCUUUACACUGUAAACCAGUUCAUGCUGGAUUGUUUCGAUCGUAUGCACGCCUGGUUUAUCGAAAUAAACGUCAGUUUUCAUACAAUCUGGCUCGUUGGUUUAUCAAACAGCGAGCUUUCGACAAGAGUGUGAACGCCAGUUAUUCUAUCUUCCCCCUUCGAGUUUCGUUCUGCUGGAAGUGGGUCUCGAGAAUAAAAUUGCAGGGAAGGGGAAUAACCGAGAAUCACCUCUUUGACUAU